AUGGGAAUCGAAGCCGGAGGACGCUACGUUAUCACCAACGUCAAGGGCGGUACUGCCAUCGACCUCGACGGGACGAACAACCGUGACAUCAUCGGCUACCCCAAGCACGGCGGGCCCAACCAGCAGUGGGAGGCUGUUCAAGCCGACGGGGGCUGGCAGCUCAAGAACGUGCGCAGCGGGACCUACAUCAGCUUCGAGGGGAACCACCAUGACGGCACCAAGCUCAUCAGCUCCUCGGAGCCGUCCAAGUGGAACAUCGUUCCCGAUGAGAAGAACGGCAAUGCCUUCAGGAUCUUCGUGCCGAACACGCGCAUGAACUUCGACUUGUCCAACCACGGAGAUUCGAAGCCUUGCACCCCCGUCAGUCUUUGGGGUAAGUGGGAGGGUACCAACCAGACCUGGAUCUUCGAGAAAGCGAACUAA